AUGCUCGCUCACAAUCCGCUCAAACGACGUGCCGCCGAAGAGCUACUCCCCCUACAUUCCCCUAAACGGAGCCGGACAUCCCAGCACCCAAUUACCUUCUCAGAGCUUUCCGCCCGUUGGACCAGUAUUGGCGAAGAAGUCAUGAAACUUUUACACGACACAGGCUUCUCCGCUUUCAUGUCGUUUAAGGAGGCUCUCAGUGAUUUCAUUUUCGGUUCUAAGCGCAGGAAGCCAACAUGGCCACGGGCGCAGUCGCAAGAACGUCUCAAGCUGCAGGCACCCGCAAGGAGGAUUACUGCUUUGAAGAGUUCUUUGAAGCUCCCUGUUUCUGAACGCGCUACCCGAAAACAAUACACUGUGAGAUUUACGUCUUUGCCAUUCGAGUCGCCGCUGGCCGCUCCUCACCUGCUGCCUGCUGCUUCCGCCUCAUCGCCCAACCUCUCGCCUACUUGCGAAGAUACUUCUGACUCGCCGCUACCUUCUUCACCUCCCAGAAACGCUUUCGCUCCGUCUUCUGACCCCUUAAUCUCUUCGGUGUUAUACCCAAAGAUUUAUAAUCAGAUCAAGGCCAAGAUGCCACGGAAAGUCAAUCAUCGGAAGCAUAUACUUCAUAUCCAGUUCAAUGCCAGCAAGCCGAUCACCGGCGUCCGAUCAUUGAAAGACUUUCGCGGAUGGUUGGGCUACCAGGAACGUUCAGAGAGUCCUGCAGAUACUAAGUCCUCGCCGUUAUUCGAAGACCUACGUGAUGCAGACUUCGUGCCUCCAUUAUCGCGUGUCGCAUCGACGAACUUCAUCCAGCGUGCCCUCCGAGACACAAAAAAAUCGCUACUUUCCCCCAAGCCUAUCGUUUCUACUCCGUUUCCAGGUGCUUGGCCACAAGCCACACGGAUAGUUUCCGAGAAAAUCGAUACUCGCAUACGGCGGCUACAAGAUACACAGGCACAAGUCUCCGAGAAAAUCGCUGCUUGCGCCCAGCAGAAGCCCCUUUCCCUGCCCAUUUCGCUUCCGCCAGAAGACGAAGUAAAGGUGGCUGAGAUAUUUCAGAGGCGCGGUAUCAUCAGUAAAGGUGUUUGCGAACAGGUUAGCAACAAAGACCUCAGGCGGCUACACCCAGGUCAAUGGCUCAACGAUGAGAUCAUCAACUUCUACGGGGAGAUGAUCAUGUGCCGCCUUAAGGAGGGAUACGAGGAGAGCAGGCUGGCAAGAUGGACAAAACAGAUCACUCUGUUUUCAAAGGAUAUUAUCCUCAUUCCCAUCAACCACAAUGGCUCACACUGGACGGCCGCGGCGAUCAACUUCCGGAAGAAGCGGAUCGAGAGCUACAACAGCUUGAAUAGGGACCAAACGCAGGUAUUCAAGCUCCUACGUGUGUAUCUCGAUGCCGAGCACCGGACCAAAAAACGAAAGCCGUUCAAUUUCGAUGGUUGGGUUGAUUGGACGCCCAAAAACACGCCGCAGCAAGAGAAUAUCUCGGACUGCGGCAUCUUCGCUUGUCAGUUCCUCGAGACUUUGUCGCGCGGUGAGGAAAGGUUUGCCUUCACUCAGGCAAACAUGCACUACCUCCGGAGACGGAUGGUCUGGGAGAUUGCGCAUGCCAAGCUUUGGACAGACACAUAG